CACUUGAGCAACAACAACAAACCCCCCUUUUCAAUCCCCCCUGCCUCUGUCCUCCUCAACCCCGAACCUGGAUAUACUCCCCCCUCGGACCUUAAACAGAGACGGAGGAAAAAAGUGAGGAAGGAGGGAGAGAGAGAGAGACAGACACACACACACAGGGAGAACGAAGGGGGAAAAAAAGCGCAAUCUCGCGAUAGGGGCUGGCUAACGCGGCCGCCAUAUUGAGUGACAAUAUUUUGAUUCGUAUCGGUUGUUGGAAGAGAGAAAAAAGAGAGAGGAGCCCGGGGGGGGGGUCGUGAAAAAGGGAAGUUAGGAGGAAGAAGAAGAAGAAGAAGAAGAAGGAGGGGGGGGGGAAAGGAGAAGAGGAGCCGUGGGGGGGACGAGUCGCCCGAGACGGUGAUCGGCGGGGGGGCUGCGGCGUGGUGUGUCCCCGCUCCCUCCUACCCUCCAAGCCCAAGGCCAGGGUGCUGCUCUCCUCCCCGCUUGUCUGACAGCACCCCGGCCUGCGGAGACUCGGCGGCGGGGUCUCGGGUGGCGAAGGUGGCCCGCGGAGACGAAGAUGCCCGAGCGCUGGGAGGAGUGCUGCCGUCACUGAGGCCUCACACCGCGGAAAAGAGCGAUCGGUCCUGACCUGGCAAUACACGAAUGGCCCAGGCAAGCCAGCAGAUUGACAUCCAGGUUUUGCAUGACCUGCGCCAGAAGUUCCCUGAAGUACCCGAGGGUGUCGUGUCCCAGUGUAUACUGCAGAACAACAACAAUUUGGAUGCCUGUUGCGAGUUCCUGUCCCAGGUGAGCACGGCGUACCUGUACGGCGAGGGGAAUCUGCACUUCUCGGACGACUCCAGCCUCGCGGGACUUCGCAAUCACAUGACACAGCUGAACCUGGGGCUGCCGUCUCAGAAUGCGCAUCAGCCCUUGCUGCGGGACGGGGCGAGAAUGAAUGGCAGCAGAACUCUGGCCCACAGCCUCAGCGACGGGCCCCUUCAGGCAGGACAGCCCAACAGCGAGUUUUUCCAGCAGGAGCCCCAGUCGGCCCCCGUGCAGGUGCCCUCCGGCCUAAGCGUCUUUGGCGUCAUGGACACGACCCGGAACCCGCAGCCGCCUCAGCACCUCGGACUGUACCAGCUGGGCGGCAAAGGACACUCCAUGGGCUCUCAGCAGGCACCCCGAUUUAACCCCAUCACCGUGACGCUGGCCCCCAAUAUACAGACUGGCCGGAACACUCCCACCUCUUUGCACAUACAUGGCGGGCCGCAGCCUGGCCUGAACAGCCCACAGGGUAACUCUAUCUAUAUUAGGCCUUACGUUACUCAGUCUGGUACAAGCCGCCAGUCGCAGCAGCAGCAGGCAGGCUGGCCUCCGCAUGGCCCCAGUUCUCAGCAGCAACAGGUCUACCAGAUCUCCCACCCUUCACAGCUAUCUGGCACAUGGACUGUCCCGUCGCAGUACAGCUCCUCACAUACCUCACCGCACCAGUCGCAGGCCCACCAGACGUCUCACGUCUACAUGCCCAUCAGCUCACCCACGACUCCUCAAGCACCGUCCUUCUUCCAGGCUCCCCCUGGAGGCCUGCCCUCCUCCUCCUCCUCCGCUUCCUCGAACGCGUCCUCUUCCUGCGCUCCGGGCCCUUCGUCCUUCAGCCAGUACAACAUACAGAACAUCUCCACUGGGCCGCGCAAGAACCAGAUCGAGAUCAAACUUGAAUCGCCCCAGCGGAGCAACUCGACCACCACCACGGCCGUGCUGCGCUCCGGUGGGGGGCCGGGGGCGGGCUGUGGGCCCCGGGCCUCCCCCGCCGCCCCCUCCCCUUCCUCUUGCUCGGCGGCCUCCGGUUCCUCGUCGGUCACGGCCCCCUUGUCCAUCUGCGGCCCCUCCCUGAGUCGCAGCCAGCCCACCGUGUACAUCGCCGCCAGCCCGCCGCCCGCCUCCACGGCGGGCCCCGACGAGGCCGUGAUGGCUUGCUCCGGCUCCCGCUCCCAGCCCAAGUUCUACAUUUCGGCCAACGCGGCGGGGGACGACCCCGGCGGCCGCAACCCGCCAACCCUCUACAUCUCGGCCAACCCCCCGCUGCAGGGCCCCACGGGGCCAAGGACCUUGACGGGCCAGGUGAGCAUGGGCCCCGCUUACAUCCACCACCACCCCCCCAAGUCCCGGGCCUCCGUGGGCGGCUGUGCCACAGCCACCUCCCCCCGCGUGGUGGUCACCCAGCCCAACACCAAGUACACCUUUAAAAUCACCGUCUCCCCCAACAAGCCGCCGGCCGUUUCCCCGGGGGUCGUGUCUCCCACCUUCGAGCCCACCAACCUCCUCAGCCUGCCGUCGGAUCACUUCGCCGAGCCGGAGGCCCACCACCUCUCGGACCCGCUGUCCGCGCACCGGGACAGGCCCAGCGAGGUCCGGCGGCUCAGCAUGGGCUCGGAUGACGCAGCCUACACGCAAGCUCUGUUGAUACACCAGAAGGCCCGGAGGGAGCGGCUGUGGCACGAGCUGGAGCUGAAGAAGAAGCAGCUGGAGACGCUAAAAGCGGAGGUCAACGAGAUGGAGAACGACCUCACCCGGCGGCGCCUGCAGAGAUCCAACUCCGUCUGUCAGGUCCCCUCGCUUGAGGAAAUGCAGCAGUUAAGAUGCAGGAACAGGGUGCUGCAAAUUGAUAUAGACUGCUUAACCAAAGAAAUUGAUCUCCUUCAAACAAGAGGACCACACUUCAAUCCAAGUGCUAUUCAUAACUUUUAUGACAACAUUGGAUUCCUAGGUCCAGUUCCACCCAAACCCAAAGGUACUUCAAAUGUUGACCCGCGCUCCCUGGCCAAGACCCCGAAGGCGGUCGCCGACGCGGAGGAGGACGAGGGCGCUCAGUGGAACUGCACCGCCUGCACCUUCCUCAACCACCCGGCCCUCCUCCGCUGCGAGCAGUGCGAGUUCCCCAGGCGCUUCUGAGCCGCCCGGGGCCGGCGCCUUGGCAGACCGACGCGCAGAGACACGGAGAGGAGGGGGCUUCUCCGGCGAGAGGAGGACAAGGACAGGGUUAUUUUUCUCUUAAUCGUUAAUGCCUUUUGAGUAGAAUGCUGUCCACCGAAGGCUUGACUGGAUAGUGUUUACAGGUUACGUACUUAAAAGCCAACAUAGCUGAUGAUACCUCACCUUUGGGUCGCCGGCACUUGGGGAAACCUGUCCGUUGUUUUUUUUUUUAAAAAAAAAAGGUAAAUUUCCUAAAGUUUUCGCGAGGGGCCUCUUUCUUCCGUGCGCAGUAUUAUCAGUGCCCCCCUUCCGUGUAGGGGUCAACCCGGUGGGGUGCCAGAGAGCACUUUGCCUCUCCCGCCUGCCACGCUGGGGACGUUUCUCGGUGGCUCGGCGAGGAAGUAUGCGCUGUCGCCACACCUGCAGGGGGGAGAACUACUUUGGACCAUGUGAUCGGUUGCCGUUUUCAAGGAUACUGGGAAGAAACAUGCAGUGUUACUGGCUCCGUUACUUGCCCUGUGUCCCCUUCCUUGAUUGCCUUUCCACUCUGCAUCUGUACAAGCCACAGUGAAACACAGUGGAAGUGAAACUGCAUGCUUUGUUUGUACAGUACACAGUAAUAAAAAUACCCCCCCCUUAGUUUCUCUUACUGUACAUAGUUUUAGAAUCUGCUUUAAAUGACUUUCUUCACGCUGAUUUCCUUGUCUUUCCUGUAAGUAUAACGUAAUAGACUUGAUUAACUUUUUUUCUUUAAAGCAAAUAAGCACGUUGCCCCUUUAAGCUUUUUACUUGGUAUCUGUGAGAAGUGAAGCCUUAAAUAAAAGAGCAAUAAUAUGAAACUAUGCACAGUUUAGCUUUCUCUGCUCAGUCUGUUCAUUGCUCCUGUAAAUGUUGAUGUUCCACGGAUGAUCUGCAGAUGCAGCUAAGAUGUCAUAUGGAGAUCGAGGGUUUUGUGGGCUUUGGAGAUUUCAUUCAUGUCGGACCGAAUCUCUUGGAUGAAAACAGCCACAUUAUCUAACAGCUGGAAUGUAGUUGUAUAUGUCUGGGGGGUUUAAAAAUGAGACUCGAGAGUUUUAACGCAAACGUCAAACCUUGUAUAAAAGUGCCUAUUCAGGCAAGGCUAAAAGGAUAUGCAAGAUGGGAAUGAGGGAUGGGGAUUUCAAGGCAGUUGACAUGUCUUACCCAAAAGCUACCUUGCUAAGGACUUCCAACAACUGACUGGAUCAAUGCAGUGAGAAUUACAAGUUCUUAUUUGCAAACUUUCAUUUAAAAAAAUCCCCCUUUUAAAUUUCCAGAUAUUCUUAACCUCAUUUCUAUCGGUAAAGUUGCCUUAAGCAGCAGUGAUGACAAUCACCAUUUUCCAAAUCCAGUUUAAAAUCCUUCAGAUAAUGUCCUCUUAUGUUUUGACGACUUGCGUUGACAUGACCUUUAUCUUUGGAUUUUUUUUAAAGAUUUGUAAAGUUUGUCCUGCAGUGUGCGGUAUUGUGGCACACGUUUCUGUUAGAAUGGUUGUUUUAUAAAUUAUGCAAAAACAGUGAAGUCUACGCUAAAAGCUUAAUGUGUAAAUCAUGGAGAUAAUUUUGGUAGGAAAAGGCUGAAGUUAAUCUCUGAAGCACUUACAUCAGACUUUCGUUUAAAAACAGCAACCCAAUUUUCAGCUUCAUCUGCAGUUCUGUGUGAAGAUUGAGUCUGUUAAUGUUUUAUUAAUAAAAACCUAAUUUGGAUAUCUAAAGUUGUUUUUUGAUUUUAGCUGGGAAAACUGUCUUUGUAACAGAUAAGUUAUUUGUAAAAAUUAAAAAAAAUCUAUUCUGAAA